UUCCAUUCAUAGUGUGCAUGGAUACAAAUCAAAACUUUUGAAGCCCUACACUAGACAAGAUUUUUAAGAAUGCACCGGGAAUAAAUAAGAUAUUUUGUAAACCUCAAAACGUUGUUUUUUCCCCGGUGUCUGAAAGAACUAGUUUUGUGUGUGCUAUUUAUCUUGUGAAACCUGGAGAAAUGUUUAAGAACCGCAUUGACUUAAACUUCGUUGCUUACAUUACAACUUGUUCGCUGAGUGUUUGAGCAUAGCGCCGGAUAUUUGAAGUAUGUUCGGGAGAACAAGGACUGGCGGUGUUCUCUCUGCUCCGUCAGAGUGCAAUGUAGCAGUUCUGGGAACCAUGGGCUCCGGGAAGUCAGCUCUGACAGUAAAGUUCCUCACUAAACGCUUUAUCACUGAAUAUGACCCCUACCUGGAAGACACAUAUUCUUCAGAGGAGACUGUGGACCAGCAACCUGUGGUUGUGAAAGUGAUGGACACAGCCGACCAGGAUGGGCCAGUGGACUGUGAGCGUUACCUGACCUGGGCCAGUGCUUUUCUGGUGGUGUACAGCAUUGCUGAACGCCACACCUUUGAGGGCUGCCAGGCCUACCUGGACAUCCUGGCCCUGCACUCACGUGGGGAAACCCCCCAACCCCCUAUCAUCCUGCUGGGGAACAAGGUGGACAUGGAGAGAUACAGGCAAGUGAGCAGGUGUGAGGGUGUGGCCUUGGCAUCCCGGUACAGCUGCUUGUUCUUCGAGGUUUCGGCAUGCCUGGACUUUCUGUCAGUGCAGCAGGUGUUCCACGAGGCGGUGCGUGAGGUGCGGCGGGAGCCGGAUCGCGAGGGGGCCCCACUUUUGCGGCCACUCUACAUCAGCGAGGACAAGCCCCCGCCCAGCCUGUCCAACUCCUCGCUCCUGCCCCCCCUGGCCACUGCCAAGCUCGUUAGUGUCAAGUCCUCCCGUGCCCAGAGCAAACGCCGUGCCCCCACCCUCACGCUUCUCAAGGGCUUCAAGAUCUUCUGACGUCCCCCCAAAGAAAACCCCAAAAACAAACCUCAUCCAGUCUGAUUCCUGUGUGGAAGUGAGAAGUGCAGUGGAGAGAGUGCUCACAAACAGCACUGAAACUCACUGUGCACAAACAGCUCUCACUAGGAGAUCCAUCCCAGAGAAGUCCUGCCAUUUCAGUGUAAGCUUUACUGCAGUUCUUAUCAUUCACUCAGAAAACGAGGCCCAAUGUCAUAUUUCCAGGAUGACAGCAACUGCAUGGCUGUAAACCCUAUGACAUGAGCCCAUUGAUGGACAUAUUUGGGCAGUAGUGUAGCAGAAUGGUUACUGAACUGGGCUUAUAACUCAGAGACUAUGGAUUAUGGAACUUGAACAGCUGAGAAUUCUCCUUAUACAUUGGCACUGCUGGGCUGUUGUUGAUACAAAAUGAGUACAGUCAUAAGCGAACAACAGCUAGUAUUUGGCCACAAAAGACAAGGAAACCCCACCAGAUGGGACUGUAUUAUUUAUGGGGAAAUAUUUGUGUGCUAUUUGUGUUCUACAGCAUUCACUGAAAAAGUUAGGUUAGUGUACAUAUAGGUCUUCUAAAUGUAUUAUGAAUAGCUAUUUUGUUUCAGUCUAAUACAUUCUCUUGUACCAUGCCAAUUUUGAACUAUUAAAAACUGAAAAAUGGUGAUAACAUCAUGCACACACACAUGCCUUUGUAAUGAAUAUAUUAGAAAGGGCAUACAUGAAUAAAAUGUAGUUCAUGACAUAUCAGCACCAUGAUAUGAUAUAGAAAAUGUAUUAUAAAGUAUUCAUAAUUCCAUGUAAUCGCAAUGUAAUGUUUUUGUGAUGCUCAUGAAUGCAUCAUGAGUGCUUUAUGAAGAUAGUUCAUAUAA